AUGAGCUUCAGCGAUCUAAAAGGAAAAGGAGGAAAAGGCAAGGAGAUAACCUUAGCUCCAGCUCCAGCUACAGCUCCAGCGGAAAUGAAAUCAAAUAAUAAUCAUAAGGAUGGUAAUGCUAAUGGAAAUAAUAUGCACGUACCAACAAAUCGAGAUGAACAACCUCAAUCUUCACUAUUAGCGCGUGUAGGUGCUUCGGCCAUGGGAUUGGGAAGAAAUGUUUUUAGUGGGAGUGGGAGUGAGAGGGAAGGUGGUGAGGGAUUGAGGAGGGAUAUGAUGGGUUUAAUGAGCGGGAAGGCGGGAGGGAGUGGGAGUGGAAGUGAGAAUUAUGUAGGAUCUUCUAGUUUGAGAGAUGCUGGUGUUGGGUUUGCGGGUCCUGCCCCGAGAACUGAAGGGAUGAGGAGCUUGGGGAAUAGUAAUUUGGAAGGAUAUGGAGGGGAUGGAAAGGCUAGUGAAAGUCUAGGUGAGAGGGUGCGGCAUAUGCAGCAGAGCGAAAAUGAAUUUUCGGAUUUUUUGGAUCGUGUUCCUUCGCUUACGCCGGCUGAUGAUUUUGGUUUUGCAUCUGGAUCUGGAUCUGGAUCAGGAGCUGCAUCUGGAGUUGAAAAUCGGAGCCACAGCCGCAGUCGAGUGGAUUAUGCAACAUCUUCUAGCUCUGGCUCUGGUGCUGGUGCUGCUUUUGGUGCGGAUUUUCUCUCGCAGGGAAAUUCGAAUAUGUUUACGGAGGAUGCUGAUGCAGAGGUAGAGGGACGAGGAGAAGGAAUGAAUAGUGAUAUGGGUCGAUUUCAUCCUAAAUAUGGUGCAGUUUCUAGUUCAAAUCCGGAUCUGAUACAGGAAAGUACGAAUUCGGACUGGGGAAAUGUAUGGGCUCGGACUUCUGGUGCUUCUACUUCUACAGAGCGGGUUCAAAACCCACAGGUCAAAAUCGAUAAGCUUGGAGAUUUUGAUAUGAAAAAAUUCCUUAGCGAGUCAGUUGCUUCUUCUAAGAUAAGUUCUACUGGGGAAAAUGGAAAAGUGUCUUCCUCCGGAUAUUCUGAAAAAGACGGAUCUAAAAGUGUUGGGUAUAAUCAUACAGAUAUAUCAGAACAAGAAAAAAGAGACGGAGAAGAAGUUCGAGAAAUAUUAUCAAAAAUAGGUGGAGCAAAUUUAAAUUUUGAGGAAGAAAUGGAGGAAUUAUUGACGGAACAGAAAGAAUGGGCAACAAAUGAACAGGAGAUGAAAGGUUAUGAAUGGGAAUGGAAAUGGGGAAUGAGUGAGGAAGAAAGAGAGAGAAUUAGAAAAAUUACGAGGGAUUUAUUGUUUCUGGAACCGGUGGUUCGUGGAAUUCCUAAGGGGGUUCAUUCGUUGGAUCUUGUUCCUGGGUAUGAGAGGGAAAGAGAGGAAAGAUGGAGGGAGGAGGAGAGGAGUAAGGGGGAGGAGGAUGCGAAAGGGGAUGUUUUCGCGGGUGUGGUGUUUAAGGAUAAAAUGGAUGAUGGGAAGGGAAAAUGUAAGGAAGAAUGGAAAAGCGAUUGGAAGGGUGUGUUGAGGGGGUAUACGGAUGAAGUGUGGGGAGGUUUAUUACCCUUGGUUAUAGAAGCUAGGGAAGAAUUGCAAAGGGAGGAAAAAGAAGGCAAAACCGGAGAGGGGAAAGAUACUGGCGAUUUGAAAGCUUUAAGGAGGUUAGGUGCUGUAUUGGGACAUUUGAAGGGGAUAGGGAGGGAGGUGUGA